AUGCCAUCACUCGAAGUACCGUGUGCUCACGAGGAAGAUAUGUUUGACCCAAAGAUACAUCUUGAUUUCAGCCCAGCCGACAAUGUAUUUUCGUUGGCAGAUCUCGGUAUCGAGGAACACGAAUACACCACCCCAAUUGCCGGGUCUACGCCAUUCAAAUUGUUGUCGACGGAAGGCGUAAUGGCAUACCGGAAAGCUCUGUUGAGAAAGGAAGUCUUUGACGAAUGUGCUGGAUAUCCAUUUCCAGGAACAGUGACUCUGCGCAAUGUUGCCAAAGUAAGCAAGUUUGUGUCUGACUUCUGGACGCACCCGAAGACAGUCUCCAUAAUAUCAGAUGCGCUAGGCACCAAAGUGGAGGCAAUCAUGCCUACAGAGAUUGGCCAUACUAACAUCCAAGUCUCCGGACCGGGAGAUGUGCUCGAUCAAUUGAAAGUACGGCCAUCGGAAGAAGCACUUCCUUUGACAGAGGAGGAAGAAGCUUAUGAUCCUUUGUCCGGAUCAUCCGUCAUACCCUGGCAUGUGGACUCCUAUCCUUAUGUUUGUAUUAUAAUGCUGUCGGACACAACUCACAUGAAGGGUGGCGAGACUUAUAUAAGCGGAAAAGACAUCCAAGCGGUGAAAGGACCAAGUCUCGGUACGGCAGUCGUGUUGCAAGGCGGCCAAGUUAAGCAUUUAGCCGCGCGCACAUUCGGGUCCGCAGAGAGAAUCACCACAAUCACAUCCUUCCGAGCUGUGGAAGUAGGUCGGUUCGACGACAGCCGUCUUGCAAACCUCAGAGCAUACGACAAUCUAUCCGAAUUGUACAGCCAAUGGUCGGUGUAUCGUUUAAGGAAGAUGCGUGACGAGAUUGAUGCUGCCCUGGUUGAGAUUGACAAGACCACACAAGCUGGUCAUACCUUCGUCCAUCAGAAGACAGAGAGUCUGUGUGAGGAGCUGUCAAGAUACGCGAAAAGAACCGCCCGGCAGAUGGUCGAUCCCGAGAUCCGUGACGAACUCGCACGGAAGUAUGGGGCUCACGGCAUUGCGAAAGCAAGCGAUUAUUGGCAGAUGGUCAGACGUUCGACUCGAGCUAGAGUCAUGAUUGCAGAUGCUACUAAGUUCGCGGAAGACAGCAUGCCGAGGAUGAAGAACUAUACUCUAGAUUGGUGUCAAACCAGAGCCAGAAUCAUGAGGGGCGCCAGAGAACGUGGGACGAAUGGACUGAUCAUAUGGGAUGAGAAGGUCGACUACUUCCUUGGCGAUGAGUUGGAAGCCCAAGGACUGAAUGAGAUAUUAUUGUAUUGGAUGGAAAAGACUGGUCUGAUGAAAGGCGUGGUAGAUUCUUGA